AUGAGGACACACGCUAUGACGAAUGCGUACGAGCGUCAGGUUUCUCUGCUAAUUCCUGGAGACAGUCGCGCUGGCCCAAGCGAAGGCGGGCUGAGCGAGCCUGCUGGAUCGCUGGGCUCAUUCCUCUUCCAGCUGGAGCUGCGUGUGGUGAAAAUGGAGUCCCACUCUGCAAGCUGGGGUCCGGUACCACCUGCAGGAUCUGGCCUAGAAAGCAGCUACUGCUUCAUUACGGAUGGAAUCGCUCCGCCACAAAGGAUGCUUUUCCCACCCGAGAAGAUUUCUGUGGCUUGGCGGCAAAGGCAAAGUGUUGGAGCUGGACUCCACAACCUGGGCAACACGUGUUUCCUCAACUCUGUUCUGCAGUGUUUGACCUACACUCCCCCUCUGGCCAAUUACAUGCUUUCCGGGGAACACAGCCAGUCGUGUCGUGCGCAAGGCUUCUGCAUGCUGUGCACAAUGGAGACGCACGUUAACCAGGUCCUGUUCUGCUCUGCCAAUGCCAUCGAGCCUACGGCUGUCUUCAGUGACCUUAGACGGAUAGGGGAGCACUUCUGUUUUGGCAGACAGGAAGAUGCUCAUGAAUUCUUACGUUACACCGUGGCUGCUAUGCAGACAGCUUGUUUGAGCGGAAGCACCGACUUGGACAGCUCGUCGCAAGCCACCACGGUCAUUCACCAAAUAUUUGGAGGGUUUCUACGAUCCAGAGUGACGUGCUUGAGCUGCCAAGCAGUUUCGGACUCCUAUGAGGCGUUCCUUGAUAUCCCUUUGGAGAUAACGGCAGCCUCCUCGGUCUCUGGAGCGCUGGAAGAAUUUGUGAGACCUGAACUGCUGGAUGGUGAGAAUUGCUACAAAUGCAGCAAGUGUGAGAAGACGGUUGCUGCGUCCAAGAGGUUUACAGUUCAUCGCUCUUCCAACGUUCUCACCAUAGCCCUGAAAAGAUUUGCCGAUUUCACUGGUGGGAAGAUUAGCAAGGACGUGAACUAUCCAGAGUAUUUGGACCUUCGAGCGUACAUGUCUGAGUCAGCUGGAGAGCCAGUCCGCUACGCCUUGUACGCCGUGCUGGUGCACAGAGGUGCCAGCGGUCGUGCAGGGCACUAUUUCUGCUUCGUCAAGGCCAGUAAUGGACUAUGGUAUGAGAUGAAUGAUGCCUCGGUAGUCCUUUGCGACAUCAACACCGUUCUCAGUCAGCAGGCGUAUUUACUUUUUUAUAUCAGGUGCUGUGAGGAGACACUUGGAGAAGGCACUUCUUACGCACCUGUGCCAUCCCCUGCCCCUUCGUUCCUUGGUCAGCAGGAGGCUAAUAAUAAGCAGGCCGGAUUUCUGGGACCACAGCAUCCUCCUCAUAUGAUGAAGUAUGAUCUGGAUUUCUCUGUGCUCCAUGUUGACAGCGGCAAGCAUAAGGAGAAGAAGAAAAAGAGGAGACCCAUGAAGAAGCUGAAAAGCUUCUUGGAAUGCUCAGAUCCUCGUUUGCAGAAGUGCCCGUGGGAGGAGAAGGAAGAAGCCCAUCCUCCAGGCUGCUCUCUAUGGGAGCAGUAG